AUGGCGGAUUUGAAAGAACAGGUUGUUGCAAUGAGGCAAUCCUUCUUCGAUGAGGUUCCUCUCUCUCCCCCACUGGAAAUUCUGGAUAACUAUUUCAUUCAACUCGAACAACUGGAAAACGAAGAUAAUCCUAAUUUCGUUGAGGAAGUCGUCAGCGUGUUCUUUAGUGAUUCCUUCAACCAUUUAGCUAUCAUUGAGGAAGAAAUGAACAAAUCUCCUGUCGAUUACCUUAAGUUAGACAGGUACCUUCAUCAGCUCAAAGGUGGCAGCGCCAGCAUUGGUGCCAACAAAGUCAAGAUUGCAGUUAACAGAACAAGAGAAGAUUGCAAGGAAGGAGAUAUGGAAGGUGCCAGGGCCUCCUUGCAGGAGCUAAGAAUGGAGAUCAACUCUCUCAAGGCCAAACUCGAGACCUACUAUGAGCUGGUGGCACAAGUUGAUCCAUGA